AACCCUGUCAUCCGCUCGCUUGUGCGUUCAAUGCUCAUUAACGAGCCGCACGACCGGCCCACUAUGAAGUUCAUACUGGCGCGUAUGCCCAAGCCGCCCUCUCUGGUACCCCCCCGCCUACACACACCACCCUCUCAGCUCAAUAGCAAAAGCACAGCCAAGCUCUCGUACUACAAAUCAGCCGAUUCCCUGUCGAGCGACGAGGAUUUGCCCUGGUCCAAGUCCAGUUUCAGGAUACGAGGUGCAGAUCAUUCAGGUGCAUCUCUGGAUAGUCGUAUCUCUGGGAGUCCUGGGGAACCAUACAUUUCCACAGGCCAUUCGUUUGGCAAUCUGAAUAGCUUUUUACAUUCCGAUCCGGAUGCGCAACGGAACCAAUUUUUGCCUACAGCCGGGCUAGAUACAGACACGGGGUGUCCCAAUAUGGUUACGGGGUGUCCAAAUAUAGACACCAAAAGCGCGGCAACAAGCGUGCAUGGGGGUGGCGCUGGGGUGCUUAGUAAGGCCGUAGUCGAUAUCGGUGUUCAGGUCGAACUAAACGAUGUGAACCAAAACAACAACAACAACAACAACGACGACGACAACAAUAAUAAUAGAAUCAGCAAUACCACGAGAAAUAACAAUGACACUAGAAAUAGCAAUGACACCGACACGCAUCUGCCCCUACCUACCACUGCACACGAGCGAUUCUCUGAAAUGACCAGUUCACCACGCACCAGGGCUGCCCUGCAAGCGAGCAAGCGCACGCCCACCACAACGCCACUGAGAGACACGCCUGCACACACCCACACACAGGCACACACACAGACACACACACACCCAUACACAAACGCACACAGACGCACGCAAACAGAUAUGCACGCACACACACACCCACACCCACACUCUAUCGCCCUUCAAACGUGUGAUACGGAGAACGGGCAUGAACUCAGGCUGAGCUUAACAGAAGGUACAAAGUAUAGUCAGUCAUCGGACAUCUCUGAGCGCCUGCAACAGGCACACGGCACGAGUGGCCGGGGUGUGGGCGCAGAUUCACCUCACGGUGGGGCAACCAGCACUCUGGCCAACGGGACAACCGGUGCAGGCACAAACCAAGGCGCAUACCAAGGGCCUCUGGCCUGUGUACCUACACCAGACUUCCAGCGCACUGUAUCAUACACCCCACCCCCAGACGGAACCGUCACAGCCCGGCCAUUCAGCACGCCGACACGCCCCCAGGAAACAGUGCAGCGCAGCAGCCACGAGUACUUGGAACGGCAACGGGUGCAACGCCAACAUAUCAAUCAGUUUUUGAAGGGCGCGGGGGGGGAUACGGACGUGGCCCGGUUGUGGGAGAGUCUGGAGAACGCGCGCAAGAGGGGUCGGGACAGCACACACAGGGCACGCGCGUAUCGCAUGCGGAGCUUCUCGGUGGAUAGUGUGCCUACCACUCCUAGGUAG